AUGUUUGUUUUAGCACAUGGACAACAUCUCUUCAGCGAGAAUUCACCGCCGAUAUUAACACUCGACAGAUCUUGGGAUAUUCCGAUAUUCGAACCUGUGGGAUCAAUAAUAACACGUGUAAAAGCAUUCGAUCAAGAAAACGACACGCUCAGAUUCGGAUUAGAAAUGAUUGAUCCGAAUAAAAAAAAUCCUUUUGUUAUAGAUCCGGAAACGGGAGUUGUUAAAUUAAAAGAAUCCCUGGAAAAAAGAGGAGGAGAAAAAUUUUUAAUGUAUGUCACGGUAAACGAUGGACACCUGACGAUGAAAAGUGAAGUUUUUAUAAAUAUAAAAAAUUCAAACGGAAACGGUACCAAAGAUUCAUCAUUUAAUAAAUCACCGAGACCCGGUUAUUAUCCGCCAUAUUUAUUACCAAAUCAUCCCAUUGUACAACAACAACAACCACAACCCGAUAUUGUUUCUCCUCCAAAAAUUAUUUCCACAUUGGAACACGUUAUCCCAACUAAACAAAAGACUGAAAAAAAUUUUAUAACGACUGUAAAACAAGAUGAAGAAGAUGAAGAAACGAUGACGACGACAUCUCCUUCUCCUCCUCCUCCUUUUAUAAGUACCAAAAUAAAUGUCACGGCAAAUUCAACAAAUGUAUCGUCUAAUGAAAUCGCUUACACUAUCAUUCCAACAGCUGUUGUAUGUGGUAUCAUAUUUUCAACAGUACUCGUUGCAUUUUUGUUCAGAAGAAAACUUAUAAAAUACCGUAACAAAAUGCAAAAGGAUGACUUGAGAAAAGAAUCUCACGGCGGUAUCAUUUUAGAAGAUCCGAUUGCUAUGCAUCAUUGGAGAGGUCCAAGAGCAUUUAGUAACAGAUACGAAGGAUGGGAUAGCGACAGAGCACCAAUGAACGAAGAUCAGAACCCUCCUCCUAUACAAAACGAUCGUGAUAUUAUCAAACCUGGUGACAAGUGGGAAUUUCCAAGGCAUCAUCUUAAAGUAUUCAACAUAUUAGGAGAAGGAUGUUUUGGACAAGUUUGGAGAUGCGAAGCAUUAAAUAUAGAUGGAAGAGAAGGAACAACGGUUGUCGCCGUGAAAACCCUUAAAGAAAGUGCUGGAGAAAAAGAAAGAAAAGAUUUAUUACAAGAAUUGGAAGUUAUGAAAUCAUUAGAACCUCAUCCAAACAUCGUCAGACUUUUAGGUUGUUGUACUAAAAAAGAUCCACUUUUUGUAAUCAUGGAAUUUGUUUCUUUGGGAAAAUUACAAAGCUACUUGAGAAAUUCAAGAGCUGAAAGAUGUUAUGGAAACAUGCACGGAGAAAGUAAAACUUUAACGUCAAGAGAUUUGACAAGUUUUGCUUAUCAGUGCGCAAGAGGAAUGGAAUUCUUAUCAAAUAAAGGAAUCAUUCAUAGAGAUUUAGCUGCACGAAACAUACUCGUCAACAACGAUCAAGUUUGUAAAGUUGCAGAUUUUGGUUUUGCCCGUGACAUAAUAGGUAGUCACGUGUACGAAAGAAAAAGUGAAGGACGUUUACCAAUAAGAUGGAUGGCUCCGGAAUCAUUAUACGACAAUAUAUUUUCCGUUAAAUCGGAUGUUUGGGGAUUCGGUGUUUUGAUUUGGGAAAUCGUCACUCUAGGUUCCACGCCGUAUCCUGGUUUAGCCGCGGCGGAUGUAAUGAGAAAAGUAAGAGACGGUUACAGAUUGGAAAAACCCGAACAUUGUAGAAGAGAAUUAUAUAACAUUAUGUAUUAUUGUUGGGAUAAAGAUCCGAAAGAAAGGCCGAGUUUUCAAGAGCUCGUUACACUUCUCGAACAACUUUUACUUAGUGAAACGGAUUACAUUGAACUUGAUCGAUUUCCAGAUCAUAGUUAUUACAACAUGAUUAGUUUAAGCGGAGAAAAAUUGUAA